AUGCUGGAGGCACAGGUCGCAUGGUUCAAGACAACCUUGAUCCAAAUGAAGAAUGCCGAUGUACAAACACGGGCUCUACUACUUCGUGAGGCCCUCGCGCUGCCGAAUGUACCACUGCAUCACUCGGAGGAGGAGCGGCCGAAAGAGCGGCCGAAAGAGCAGCCGAAAGAGCGGCGUGGUAGUGGCCAGACGACAUUGAAUGGGGAUCUGACCCACACCAGAAGUCUCCAGAAGCCACCUACAGAAAGAUGCAAGAGUGUUUCAUCUGAUGACGAGCUAGAAACCUCGACCUUCGUCUCGGCAGAUGAUCAAGGUCGCAUCGGCGUCUUCGGGCCUACAUCAGGCCUGCAUAAUGGCUUGGAAACAUCUCAGCUUGUGGGCGAUCCGCCUGAGUUCGUGCGGAACCUGCUCAUUACGAAUGCUGUGAUUCAGCGCCAAAAGGAAUACGAACUGCGAAACCACGCGGACUUUGACGGGGUUCCACCGGACCUUGCCAUGCAUCUGCUAGACGUCCAUUGGAAUCGCCAACAUCAUAGUUUCCUUCUCACAUAUCGGCCUGCGUUUACGCGAGACUGGGUUUCAGGGGGUCCAUACUUUUCACGAUUCCUGCUGAACGCUAUAUUUGCCUCCGGCUCUAAAUUCUCGGGCCGCACAGAAGUGCGAGAUGACCCUUCACUGGCCCAGACAGCUGGCAACCGAUUCCUGCGGAGGUGCCAAGAACUGUUUUAUCUGGAUUCGCUGUUGGAAAACCCCUCAAUUCCGACAAUAGUAGGUUUGCUACACCUAGGUUCAGUAUAUGUCGCUCGUGGUGAAAUGUCCAAGAGCUGGAUCAACACGGGACUGGCCAUUCGAAUGGCAUUCGACCUUGGAUUGCACCUCGACACCCGGGUUCCUGAUUUGUAUCCGGAAGAUGUUGAGAUCCGCCGUAGAGCAUUCUGGGCAGCCUUCAUCUCGGACAAAUUACAGUGUCUAUACUUUGGCCGGCCGGUGGCCAUCCAUCUACGAGAUACUCAUGUCUCUACUGAGCUCCGUGAUACCAUGGAGGAGUUGGAGUGCUGGAGCCCCUACAUAGACUCUCAAUGUAGUACCUACCCAAUCCAAUCGCCGCCUCCAGUCCCUACUUUCACGAUAUCGGCUUUCCAGCAAUUCUGUCUACUGUCAAACCUCAUGGCCGAUAUCAUCAACCACUUCUAUGUAGUUGGCGCUAAGCCGGCCACACCACAAAUAACCCUACAAGAACUGGACGACGCGCUCUGUGGCUGGUACUUCAACCUGCCGGAUUGCGUGGCCUUCCAGCCAUGGUCUACAGACAAGACCACAGCACAUAAGCUCGUCACUCCAAAUAUCAUGAUCCUGCAUAGUACCUACCAUGCCCUCAUCAUUCUAUUGCAUCGCCCUUUUGUCUCCAAUAGCAACUUGCGCGCUAAGUCCCCGCCGGUCAAUUCCUGGAGAGCAUGUUCGACUGCAGCAAGCAGGAUUACAGCCAUCAUUGAAAGGUGGAAGGAGUCCUUUGCGCUGUACAAGGCCCCCUAUCUCUUAGGAUACUGCGCUUAUGUGGCGUGUACCAUCCAUGUCAGAGAUGCCGCCCUACAUCGAGGAGGCCAGAGCCAUAGUAUGCUUACAACAACGCUUAGCAUGCUGAACGAAAUAAGCUCGGUGAACCCAGCCCUCACACGAUCUGAGCAGCUAGUCCGAAAUCUGAUGGCUGUGAACGCCAUAACUGAGCUAUCGCACCCGUCGCCGGUUGCUUCCAGCAACACAGUAUUUGAUGUUGAUAUGGAGGCCUUAAUCCAGAUGUUCCCGGAUCCCUUAGAUGACCAACUUGUAGAUCUGCAGGUAUCCAGCCCAAAUUUUAGUCAAGCGAGCUUCCUUGGCAGCAGUUCUAAUACUACAGUCGGCUUGCAGUGUGAUGAUGAAGUGCAGCCUGACGGCGUGUCACUGGAAUAG